AUGGCACGACUGCCGGGUGGAGAGGAGCGCAGCGGCCUCGGGGCGUGCAGGCCCACCGACCCCACCAGGCUCCCCCCCGGCUCCUGUCAGCAGCCCAGCCGCCUUAACCACCCGGACAACCGCGAGAGGCGGCCAAGACGCCGAAAGCGGCAACCGGGCAGCGGCCCAGACCCGUCACGACCGCCCGGCUCCCUCCUUCCGUCCCCCGUGAAGACGCAGGCGGGGCGGCGGCGGCGGCUUCCCGGGGGAGGCAGUUGGCUAGCGGGUGGGCGACGGGGAGGCCCCGGCAGGCUCCUCACCGCCGCUUCCCUGGACCCUCCGCCCCCCAAGCGGCCCUUCCCUCGCGCCCCCCGGGCCUCCCCUCCACCCCGCCUCGCUCGGGGAGCCGCAGAGGUGCCGAGCCCGCCAAGGCUGCGGCUGCCCAUCCAGCGCCGGGCCGGCCUGCCGAGAAGCCGCGCGCGAGGGCCGAGCGGCCGCCGCUCCCCUGGAGCCGAUCCGGGCGACUCACCGGCAGCGAAGGGCGAGCUGCUGCCAAGGACGCGCCAGGCCACGUGCCUCUCCGCAGCGGCCCCGCCGAGGCCCGCUCGGCCGACCGGGGAAGCGGAGCUGGGCUCGGCCGCCGCACCUUUGUCUGCCCGGCCCGAGAGGCUCCGCGGCCGCCCGGCUGGCCCGAAACCGCCGCUCAUGCCGGGCGGCCCGCCUGGAACGCCAGCAAUGCCGCCGGGCCGGUUGUCGAGCGGGGGCGGGGCGCAGGAGGCGGAGGAGGCGCCGUUCCGGCCCCCCAAGGCCGCUCCGCCUGGGCCGGGGCUGCUCCGGAGGGGCUCGCGGGGAGCGGAGGAGGCGGCGGCGGCGGCGGCGCCGAGGGAAGAAGCCCCCUCACUCCAGCUGGGCGAGGCCGCGAGGGGCGGCGCGGCGGCUCCAGGGACGGAGCAACGGCUCCCGCCCGCCUGCCCGGCUCACCUGGCCGCGCGCGCCGGGGCUCCGCCCCGCCCGCGAGCCUCCCCUCCCCGCGGGGCCAGGCCGGCCGGAGGGUGCCCGAGAGGGCUCCGGGGGCCGCCUGGGGCUUCUCCGAGGGCGCCGCGGGACGGGGCGCGACGGCCGCCCGGGGGAGUAGCCGGAGUCACGCGCCACCCCAGCCCGACGGCCGUGGCCGAACUGCGCCGCUGUCCCGAGUGGGCCGAGAAGGGGCCAGUUGGGGUCUCCUCGAAGCCCGCGCGGCCUCCACCCGGCUGCCUUUGA